GCCAGUAGUCAUCGUGCGCCUAUCGCCCCAACACAGCCACUCAUCAGAAGGUUAGCGCAACACAGAACCUUUUAUUGUCCGCUUGACUGUUGUCGGUCAGAGACGAAUAACAAAAACCCCGCGUGCGCACGCUGUGUCGUACACUGCUGUGAAGAAGAAGGAGAAGAAGAAGAAGAAGAAGAGGAAGAGGAAGAAGAAGAAGGAGAAAGGAGAGUAACUAGCCACGGGCAGACGAACAAUUGGUGCGGAACAGACAAUAGAUACGGACAGCAACAAUGCGGCAGUCUUUGAUGAAUCUCAUGAUCGGCACAGGUGCUCUACUCAUCCUACUCAUCCACGCAGCUCAUUCGGCGAGUCUACACGGCACCGCAUCUCUCGCCAGGCAACAAAGACCAGCAGUCCCGGACCUACUCUACGAUGACGUCAUACGCGCAGACGACCCGGCGACGAGGCGGGCGGAGAACCUCGUCUUUGAAUCGACCUUGACGGGAGCGGAACCGUACGAGCGACUGCGACGCUCCUACCGGUGGGGAUCCCAGGGUAGAGACUUCGGAGGAGCAGCUGUGAAACGCAUGCUGAUGGUGCCCGAUAUCCCACAAUGCCUCCGCUACUGCCAAACCUGCCCCUCAUGCCAGCCCAGGUGCUGCUUCUACAGAACCUAGUGACCGUCUGACAUCAGUAACACCGCAGAGGUCGCUGCGGAGGAAACACACGAACAUUUUUUUGACGCGCGCGCCGACGACACGAUACCUAAACACAUUCCAGUUUGAAUCGCGCGAAGGAUUUUAGGCUCGG